AUGCCCCGUGUGGCUUUCGUCGGGCUCCAAAAAUCUCCUGGUGAGCCAACAUCUCUGGACAGUUAUUGGAUGCCUCAAGCCACUUGGGUCUUGCAGAGUCGAGGGCAGCAAAUUUCGCUGGUUUGCUUCGGAAAUGGUCUGGGACUCUUGGGCCACAGAGUGGCCAGAGGUGGACUUUCACCCCAUGGAGUCAUGGGGACGUGGUAG